AUGCAAAACCCAACAGUGGUAAGGUCUUCUUACCACUACCGCCUCCUCCCGUCCUUCCCCAACCCAAACAUGAACUCCAAAUUCCCCACACCUCCUCUUCCCAUCUCCGCCCUUUACUUUCUUCUCCUCCUUUUCUCCGUUCCCGCCAUCAGCCAUCCUUCCAACGUUGCCUGCGGCGAAGCCAUAUCAAGCUGUGGCAACAUCACCAACAUCACCUACCCAUUCUGGCUCGUCCAUGACGACUCCACUUCCCUCCGCUCCCACUGCGGUUACCGAGGCUUCGAGCUGAUUUGCCGGAACAACACCCCGAUCAUCCACCUUCCCACCGGCAACUACACAGUCACCAACAUCGACUACAAAACCCAUACCAUCUCCCUCGCCGAUACCGACAUCGUCUUCGUCAGUGAAGAGUGCCCUCGAGUCAAUCACAACCUCACCUUCGAUCCCGACUCAGUUCUGCGCUACGCUCCCUCCGACGUCAACCUCACCUUCUUCUUAGACUGCACCGACGGCCCACCGGAUCUCCACAUCCCCUGCCUCGGCUCUGCUGGUGGAAACCGGUCCUAUGUCUUCACGACCGAAACGAUGAGGGAGUCUUAUCACCGUCUUCCUCGGACGUGCCGCGCCGUCGUCGUCGUGCCCGUCCUGCAGGACGUGCUGAUGGCUUAUAUUGCAGACGACUUACCUACCCGAUACGGAGGGGUGUUGCAGAGUGGAUUCGAUUUGAGCUGGCCAAACGUGACCUCCGGCGACUGCGGCAGCUGCGAGCACUCCGGCGGGCGGUGUGGGCUCGACCGAACGAUCAACUCCACCUGGGAUUUCGCCUGCUUCUGCUGGAAUGGAGUAAAGACAUUUCAUCCCCAUUGUGCAGUGUUUCCUAGCUGGGUUUCUGCCCGCAUGCAGUAG